GACUCCAAUAUUUUACGCAUGUUUGGGAGGACAAGCGCAUACGUUAAAUAUUAUGAUCACAGAAUUAAAUUGCAAAAUAACGCAUACCGAUAAACUUGGACGAACUGCACUGCAUUGUGCUGCAUUUGGCGGUUAUGUUGCAUGCAUGGAAGUGCUCAUUAUGAAAGCUGAUUGCCUCAUUCAUAAGGAUGAUUCUGAUCAAUUUACACCAAUUCAUAUAGCAUGUGAAAGAGGUAAAUAUGAUUGUGUAAAAUAUUUAUUAAAAUGUGGAGCAGCUGUAAAUGCGUUUGCACGUAUUAAUGAUUGUACACCGUUAAGUUGCGCACAAGCUAAUGGUCAUCAACAGAUGAUACAGAGAAAAGCUGAUUAA